AUGCGGAUCCUCGGUAGUCAUGGUAGUGGAGCGGUGGUUAGCUGUGCUACCGACGUUUCUGCUAGCUCGAAGGAUGCUGAGGUUGCGGGAGCUGAGGACAGGAACGAAAGAAUUCAGGACCACAUCCUGUCAACAAGCGCUAGCAGCGAUGACGCAUCAGGCAGCGCUAGCAGGGAUGACGGGUUAGGCAGUGCUAGCAGCGAUGACGGGUCAGGCAGCGCUAGCAGCGAUGACGGGUCAGGCAGCGCUAGCAGGGAUGACGGGUCAGGCAGCGCUAGCAGCAGUGACGGGUCAGGCAGCGCUAGCAGGGAUGACGGAUUAGGCAGCGCUAGCAGGGAUGACGGAUUAGGCAGCGCUAGCAGCGAUGACGGGUCAGGCAGCGCUAGCAGCGAUGACGGGUCAGGCAGCGCUAGCAGCGAUGACGGGUCAGGCAGCGCUAGCAGGGAUGACGGGUCAGGCAGCGCUAGCAGGGAUGACGGGUCAGGCAGCGCUAGCAGUGGUGACGGGUCAGGCAGCGCUAGCAGGGAUGACGGACUAGGCAGCGCUGGCAGGGAUGACGGAUUAGGCAGCGCUAGCAGCGAUGACGGGUCAGGCAGCGCUAGCAGCGAUGACGGGUCAGGCAGCGCUAGCAGCGAUGAUGGGUCAGGCAGCGCUAGCAACGGUGCCGGGUCAGGCAGAGCUAGCAGCGAUGACGGGUCAGGUAGCGCUAGCAGCGAUGACGGGUCAGGCAGCGCUAGCAGAGGUGACGGGUCAGGCAGCGCUAGCAGCGAUGACCGGUCAGCCAGUGCUAGCAGCGACAACAACGGGUCAACCAGUGCUAGCCGUGAUGACGGUGGGACCACCAGAGACGAGUCAGCCAACGGCGACGGGUUGGUCAGCAAUAUCAGCAAUACGUUGGUCAGCUCUAGCCGUGAUGAUGCUGGUGGGUCAGCCAGUGCUAGCAGCAAUGAUCAUGGAUCGGCCAGAGCCAGCAGCAAUGAUCAUGGAUCGGCCAGAGCUAGCAGCGACAAUGGUGGGCUGGCCAGCAUUAGCAGUAAUGACGACUGGUUGACCAGCGCUAUCAGCGACAACACACUGCUGGCUGCAACACCAGGACAGUUCCAAAUGUAG